AAAUCAUUCUGCCCAACUUCACGCUUCACCAUCAUAUACAUCGAGAGCUUUAGGGUUUUAGCGGUUACUCUUCGGACGGAACAAAAGGCAGAGAAGAGGAGAGGAGUCUAAUCCUCUGCGAUUUGCAAUUAGGGUUUCCUCUAAAGGGUUGCGAGUGAAGUGAAAAUGGUCGCUGACAAGAGCAAGAAGGCGAAAAUUGAUGAGAAAGUCGAAGAGGAAAACGUCGAGCAAAUCGACGGAGAGCUUGUCCUCUCAAUUGAAAAGCUUCAGGAGAUCCAAGACGACCUCGAGAAGAUAAACGAAAAGGCUAGCGACGAGGUCUUGGAAGUGGAGCAGAGGUAUAACGUGAUAAGGAAACCUGUUUACGACAAGCGUAACGAAAUCAUCAAAUCGAUCCCUGACUUUUGGCUAACUGCUUUCUUGAGCCACCCUGCUCUAGGUGAACUUUUGACAGAGGAAGACCAAAAGAUUUUCAAACAUCUUAGCUCUCUGGAUGUUGAGGAUGCCAAAGAUGUGAAAUCUGGAUACUCGAUCACUUUUCACUUCGGUCCCAACCCUUAUUUUGAGGAUGGAAAGCUAACCAAGACUUUUACCUUCCUCGAAGAAGGGACAACGAAAAUCACAGCAACACCUAUCAAAUGGAAGGAGGGCAAGGGCUUGCCAAAUGGAGUGAAUCACGAGAAGAAAGGAAACAAACGUGCAUUACCUGAAGAGAGUUUCUUUACCUGGUUUAGCGAUGCUCAACACAAGGAGGACGUUGAGGAAGAGAUGCACGACGAGCAGGUCGCGGAUAUCAUCAAGGAAGACUUAUGGCCCAACCCUCUCACCUACUUCAACAAUGAGGCUGAUGAAGAGGAUUUUGAUGGAGAUGAUGAUGGAGAUGAGGAGGGGAAAGAAGGUGAUUCUGACGAAGAUGAUGACGAAGAAGAGGAAGAUGGUGAGGAAUGAUGAGAGGGUUUCCCAGAAACCACAUUUGCUUUCAUGUCUUCUAUAACAGAAUGUGUAAAGUUUGUGUGUUUGAAAGGUUUUUAAUUUAAAGCAAAAAACUACAAUAACAGACAAGCUUUCCACCUUUGGGGAAAUUACUUUAGUUAAUUUACCGUAAUAGCUACCUUCUUGUUUGUAUGAAACCAAUUUCAGCCUUAGUUGCA